CUCUGGCCUGAUCAUCUAUAACUAGCUAGCUCCAUCCCAAGAAACUAAAACUGCAAAAACAUCUUCCCUGAGAAAACAUCAUGUCAGGAGUUUGGGUUUUCAGCAAUGGCGUAUAUCGCCUAAAUCCUCAAGCGGACUCCUCCGAUGGAAAGCAGGGUAGUAGUUCUAAGAAAAAGGUUUUGGUGCACUUACCAACCGGAAAGGUGGUAUCAUCUUACUCCUCCCUCGAGCAAAUCUUGACCGGGUUAGGGUGGGAGAGGUAUUACGAAGGUGACCCCGACCUCUUCCAAUUCCACAAGCCAUCUUCCAUCGACCUAAUUUCUCUUCCUUGGGAAUUCUCCAAGUUCUGCUCCAUUCAGAUGUACGAUAUUGUCGUUAAAAAUCCCAAUAUCUUCCACGUCCGAGAUAUGUGAUCAGCAAGUCCUAGCAGCUCUCACGUACUGUGAUCUCUUAUAUAUAUAUAUAUAUACAUGCAUGUUUCAUUAGUUGUUGGUUUAUAUAUGGUAAUUUCUGGUUCCUGUGUUUUGUCCUGGAAUUAAGAAUGUUAGAUCGGGUGGACGAGGCUUCCUCGAUUGUUUGCUGUAAUAAAGUACAAGGUGGUGUCUGUGCAUGGUAGCUGAUCAUUAUGUAAUAUUGCUUUGUAACUUCAUGGUGUGGCUUUGUAUUGUGUGGUAUAUAAAUAUCUA